UAACCAACUGAGCUAAUGGGCCAGUUGGUAGAGUCGUCACAAAUACACAUAAUAUUUCUACUUUCAUUCGCAAUCAUGUUUAUGUUUAGAUUAGGAUUUUCAGAGUUGCAGUGUUCCUUCACUUUUUCAUCAACACUUCUAAUAAUGCGUUUCCAAUUACCAAAUCUCUAACAGCAUCGUGAUUUCCCCAAUUUUUCGUUACCCUAAUUGUUGCAAUCAAUAACUUCAUCCAACACGUGACAAUGGCUUAUGUUGAUGAGGAUGGUACUUCUGCCUCUGGAGAUGAUUUGAAUAUGUUGGAUGGACAUAAACCUCACCCUGUUGUUGUUCGAUCUGGUUCCGGUGGCCAGAAGCGAAGCAGGAAGGUUACCGGUGACGCGAUUGUCGAUGCCAUGUUGGAGAUAGCAGCUGCUUCAAAGAUGAGAGCAUCUGUGAUUUUGAAGAAUGAGGAGAGGUUCUGUAUAAGUAAGUGUAUUAAGGUGUUGGAUGAGUUGCAGAGAGUUGAUGAACGGGUUUAUUUUCAUGCUUUGGAUUUGUUCGAGAAUAGUUCUAGUGCUCGUGAAAUUUUUAUCUCUCUUAAGGGUGAUAAGAGAUUGCCAUGGUUGCAGGGAAAGUGUGGUGUUCCCUUUAGUUGAGAUUGUUAAUGGAAAUGCUUUGUUUAUCAUGUUGAAUAGGUCUGUACAGUUAAGUAUAUUGAUAGGGAAUUGUCAAUUGUGUAUAUAGAUUUGAAAUUUUUGAAUGGUAAUGGAGUAAUUUUCCCUUUUCAUAGUGCCAAUUCUUUUGCUUGGAUUGCUGUUUUAUGA